AAGAACCGCAUAUUCGUCCUCACAGACAUUGGUAAUGAACCCGACGACUCAAUGUCUCUGGUCCGGCUACUCGUACACUCCAAUCUCUACCAAAUCGAAGGCUUAGUAGCAAUAACCUCAUUCUGGCUUCCCAAUGCCACACUUCCUAACAUGAUCCACGACAUCGUAGACGCAUACGGAGCCGUCCAGUCAAACCUGCAAUCGCACAGCAACACCUUCUUCCCAAAAGUCGACGACUUGAAAAGCAAGAUUGGCACUGGACCCUCCGUCUACGGCAUGCAAGCUUUACGUCAACUCGAACAAGGAGCAAACAUCACAAACGGCACCCAAAUGCUCAUCAACGCCGUCGACGCUUCACCAUCCCCACUAUACGUACAGCUCUGGGGCGGAGCCAACACCCUCGCCUCCGCACUCUGGACCGUAAACCGCACUCGCUCAGCCUCAGAACUGGAAACAUUUACCUCCAAACUCCGUGCCUACGCCAUCUCAGAUCAAGACGACACAGGCCCCUGGAUCCGUCGCAAUUUCCCUAGUAUGCGGUACAUUGCCUCGCGCCAUGGAUUCAACCAAUACCCAGUCGCAGCGUGGAUCGGCAUGAGUUCCACAUCCGUAGAUCCAGGGGGUCCAGACAACGAAAUCGUGUCGCAGGCGUGGCUCACGGAGAACAUCCAAGUAGGCGAGCUAGGCAAAAAAUAUCCCGACGUCGCGUAUCUGAUGGAAGGUGACUCGCCCAGUUUGCUCUACCAUAUUCCCAACGGCCUGGGAAACCCCGAGUACCCGGAGUGGGGCAGCUGGGGUGGGAGGUACACGAGUAAUCCGCUUGAUGGCGAUGCAGCUGCGCAGCAGUACGGCGAUGCUGUGGACAUGGCACAAGGUGUGAACGGCGAGAUGUUCCUUACGAACCACGCGUCGGUGUGGAGGUGGCGCGAUGCGUUCCAGCAUGAGUUUGCUGCUAGAAUGCAGUGGACGCUCAGCCCUUGGAGUCCUGGUUCUAAUACCACGCAUCCGCCCGUUGUGUUGCUGAAUGGAACGUCUGGCCCGGAUGCGUUGCAUCUCAACGUCAGUGGUGGGGAAAAGGUGACGCUGGAUGCUUCGGAUUCUUACUCGCCGGAUGGGGGCGCGAGUCUGAAUUUCACUUGGUUCCAAUAUUCGGGUCCGUCUUCAUACCAAUCCUCGCCAAGCGAUGUCCCUACGGUCAACUUGACGGAUGUCACUGGGCCGGAUGCGAGCGUC